UUUCAGCAUGGCGGAAAAAAUCACUCUAGAAUUGGAACAUGCUAGUCAAAUUGUUUUGGCAGCACCAAAUAUUGUAACACCAGAACAGAGAAUUGCAGCAGAGCAUGUAAUACUGGAAUUCAGGAAAACUAAGUUGCCAUACAAUAUAUGCAAGUAUAUUUUAGAAAACAGUAAAUGUGACUAUGUCCUGUUCCAAGCAGCAACUACAAUCAAGGAAAGUGUGAUUAGAGAAUGGGCAUUACUGGAGGCUACUGAUAUUGAGGCUCUACGUUCAUUUCUGUUACAUUUUAUUACACAACAUAUUUCAUUACAAAGUUAUGCUAGAGAACAGAUUUUACAGACAGUGGCUGUCAUACUAAAGAGAGGAACUAUAGACAUUAAAGGAGCUAGCUGUGACAGUCUCUUCCAAGAUGUCACUAAUCUGGUGGCUAGUGGUAAUGUUACUAUGCAACUGGUUGCUUGUUCUAUGUUGACAGCUUUACUUAAUGAGUACUCUAGCUCCAGUAGGACCAGUAGUGUGGGUUUCACAUGGGAAUUUCAUGCCAAGUGCAAAAGAGCAUUUGAGGAGAAGGACUUGAAAAGAGUUUUCCAGUUUGCUUUACAAGUGAUGAAUGAACUUGAGAGACAACCAGAACCUAUAACAAGGGAGGCAACUGCAGUACUAAACCGACUAUUAUCAAUAUCAGAACAUGUAUUGUGUUGGGAAUUCACUCCCAAAGUCUUCCGAAGACAUAUUGGUUCUUUUGAGAUGAACCAGAAUGUACCUCUGAAACCCAAUGAGAAUUGGAGGGAUACUCUGUUGGAUAAAUCUGUGGUAGAAUUAUUCUUUAAGAUAUAUAAGAGAGUCCGUUACAAUUCAGAUAUGGCUAAUCAUUGUUUACAAUGUAUAUCUCAGUUAGCUUCAUUGAAUGGACCUGUUUUUCCUGAUGACAAAUCUAAGUGCCAGUAUUUAGCUUUUCUCCUUGGAGCAUUUCUUCCAAUGUUAGCCAGUAUUGAACUACAGGAUUUUGAAAACCUAGGAAUAGCAAACACAUUUAAGAAUGUGGUCAAUACUUUCUCUGCUGCAACCUUUAUGAGUAUACCAUCUGAAAUGAUGGAAAGUUUUCUGCACAAUCUAACACAUCAGACAUGUACAAUGGGAAGAUCGGCUACAAUGGAGGAGGCAUUGCACAAGGAUGACACUGUUUAUAUGGAAGCUUAUGAAUACAUGCUGGAAUCCUGGAUGGAGUUAGUCAACAAAAUGAAGGAUAUAAGUGUUGAUUCUCUGAAACCUAAGGCUAUAGAAGUGUUCAACACAUACAUACAGUGUCAUAUCAGUGGUCCAGAGGGCACUAGGACUCAGAAUGGAAUGGAUGCUGCCUUGGAGGAUAGUGAUGUAGAUGAGAUUGAGGAGGACGACAGAGAAAGAUUUGGUGAUGUGUUGUGUUGUAUUGGUACCUUGGCUAGAAUGGUACCAUACCACAGUAUACCAUUACUAUCGAAGAUAUUAGAAGAUAGGAUUUCCCGAUUACAUGGCCAAUUACAAAGAUUACAACAAUUUGCUGCUGAAGGCCAUGAUGUUUCUAUGGAUACAUCUUAUCUGACAGUUUUAUAUGAAGAUCUUCAUUGGAUUAUUCUUGUUGCUACUAAUGUACUAACAAUAGAAUCUGAAGGAGAAACUCCCAUGAUUCCUCCAGAUAUUAUGGAGUUCACCAUCUCAACAUCAAAAGAUGUGAACAUAGAUACCACACUCAAAGUUCUGUCUUCUCCUAAUGAAAGGAUAGAUUCCAUACCUGGAGCAGAACAACAUACAGAUGGUGUAGUUAGGUUAGUGUCAGGUGUAUUCCGUUUAUGUGAAGUAGAAAGACGAGCUGUGGAUGCCAAACUGACGGGAUAUAUAAGUCCACAGCUAAUCAGUACAACCAUGUGGUUCUUACAUCGAUGGUCAAGGUCAUAUCUACUGCCAGAUGAAAAUUACUAUGCACAUGUACCCUCUAAUUUAACAAGUAAAUCAAUGUCAGAUAGUCAGGAGCAGUGGGUCAGUCAUGCCCUCCUGUCUUCUUUUGGUCGAGAUGCUGAUGGUGCUCAGUGGGUGAUAUCAUUCCUUUUUAAUUGUAUUAUGUAUAAUUUAAAAGCCUGGACAUCAGAAGACAAUGUUUUACAGGAUUCCCUUGACCUGCUGGUUUCUCUGGUGGAAAACAAAUCAAAAGCUGAAUAUGUAACAAAGUGUGAACAUCUAUGGACAUUAGCUAAAGAGGAAGCCAAUCACCAGCCUCCUUACAACUGUCUUCCAUCUCAAAGCCGUAGAUGUUUGCUAAGAGCUUUAGUAUUGGCUGGAUCUGGUGUCAAAGAUGAAACAUGGAAAGAACAAUAUUGGAAUUGUAUAUUGGGAUCAUUACAUGACAGAUUUUAUAAAAUAGUGCGUCAAGAGAACUUUUCAAAACUGUACUGUACAGGAGGAGUGAAAACACAAGUGAUUGACUUAUUAGAAUCUGUACGUGGUGUAGCAUUAGGAACAAGGGUAGAUAAUCUGAACAGAAUAUUUGAUUUCCUACAUCCGUUAUUACAAGAAUGUGUUAAAAUUUUAGAUAUAUAUCAUAAUUAUGAAGAUGUAGUGCCAUUAGUGUUAGAACUUUAUUCUGAAGUUAUACAGAAACAGUUAUGUUUCUUGGGAGAGGCCAAGUCCAGGAAGUUAUAUGAACUAAGUUUAUCUGUGAUAGAAACCUAUUCCAAUAAUAUUAAAGGUAAACAUGUUUUGAGCAAUAGAUAUGAUGAAGACCAGGAAGAUAAAUAUAAUGAUAUACUCAUUGUGAUGGAAUUACUCACCAAUCUGUUGUCCAAGGAUUUUAUUGAUUUUGGAGAAGAUAAUGAGAAUAUAAACCCAGAAGGAGACCAUGUGAAAGCUGCUGAUGUAGCAUUAUAUGGUCUACAUACUAUCAUUCCAUUGAUGAAUGCUGAUCUCUUAAAGUUUCCAAACCUGUGUACACAGUAUUUUAAAUUAGUAUCAUUGUUGGCAGAAAGUGAUGCAGAAAAGUUUGUACAUUUACCGGAUGAUUUACUCAAGGCAUUGACAUCAUCCGUAGAAUUAGGAUUGUCAUCAUAUGGUAGUGAUACCACAUCUUUAUGUCUGGAGAUCCUCUCAUCGUUAACCAUGCAUAUCUGUCAAAAUAAUCUGCAGGGAUCAAAGAUGUACCAGUCAAUUUGUCCUUUUAUGAAGUUUGUGUUCAGCAUGUUACUGAUAGAAACAUUUAACAUGGAGUUGUUAGAUUCUGCCAGUUCUUGUUUGUUUUGUUUAAUUUGUUGUUAUCAGAAUGAAUACAGAGAGUAUGUGAACUAUUUAUUAGAAGGUCAGAGGGAACCAGCAUACAAACAACGCAUGUUAGAGGCAUUUAAUAAACUAACUCCUCCCACUUUGAAUAUGACAGUUAACAGAGAAAGUAGACUCAAAUUUAUGGAAAGUUUUAAUGAAUUCAUGAUCAAUGUUCGAGGGUUUCUAUGUGUCAAGUAAAGAUUUCCAACCCUUUCACAAAAAUCUUUAUGAGUUUAUGAUCAAUGCACGUCUGUAUCUGUGAUUGAAUUAGACUAUCUUAUAUGUAAGAGGAUGGUAACAGCAGAGUAAAAAAUCAGAAGCUUUUAAUGAUUGGUUACUGUAUUCUUUGAUAGAAUAGUUCUACUGAUAUGUGUCCUUAAACACAAGUGUCAGGUGUUGGAGAAUGUUUGAUGAACUUAUUAUUGCUAGACUUAGUAUGUGUUAAAAGGUUAAACCUUUCAUCCUACUUGCCAGAAAUAAAUGCAAAAGUAAUUUCACACAUAUUUCAUGUCAUAAUAAACAUAUAUAUAGUGAAUGAAUUAAAAUUUUGAUAUUAGACAUUUAUGCACACAAAGUAAUAAUUCUUUCAAAAUCUUAAGAUGUAACGCACAAUAAACUGAAUACUGCUGUCUUCAUGAUAAAUUACAUUAUCACUUACUGCAAGCAAUAAAAACAAAUUACUCAGAUACUUUUAAAUGAUUCAGAAACAGGCAUAUAUUGAUAUUUUUCAUGCAGUGUAGCUUUUAUGCUGAGAUUAUCUUGUUUUAAAACCAUUUGUACAGCAAUUUGAGUCUUCAUUUCUUCUUUAUUUAUGAUAUGCUUAAAGAAUUUGUUGACCUUUAUACAUUGUUAUUUGUUGUAUGCUUUUAGUUUUAUAACAGUAUGGAAAUAAAUAAAAACCAUGCUGAUUUAUGCACCAAAUCUGUUGAACUAUGAAAUAAAGA